AUGUUUGAAACUGUCCGCACGAUUCCGAUUUCAAUCCCAGAAAGAUUCGAACUUCAUGAAGCAAAGAUGAAAAUGUAUAGGUCAAAAGAAAAGCUCACAAGUUCAUUGACCGAAUCAUAUAAACAAAUUGUCAAUGAUCUUGAGCAGACCAAGCCAUCGAAUAUCAACAUAAUUAAUAUUGCAAAACAGUAUGGCGUCCAGCACCAUCGCGUGUACGAUUUAUUUAAUCUAUUGACUUCAUUAGGCGUUUGUCAAAACAUCGAACGCGGAAAGCUUGCAUGGAUUGGACUUUCAUCUAUUUCCUCAAUAGUUUCUAAAGUUUACACAAACAGCAUUUGA